AUAAUUCAAGAAUACAAGAAUCUUUGAAAAGGGGAAGGCAUUGUGUUUUGAGUAAAAUUGCUGAGGCUUUUUAAGAGGUGAAAUGGUUGAUUGUGUUGAAUAUGGUAUAUUCUUGAAUUAUGGGGGCAGAUUCAUUAGGGACCCAACACUUCGGUAUGUCGGAGUGGCAUGUCAUGUAAAUGUGCAUACAUCUGGGGUUGAUUUGGAAUGGGAAGAUGGUUUUGGUUGUGUUAGCCAAGAGAUUCAAACACCAAUUGUAGGACAAAAUACUAGAAAUUGUGCACAAGGAAGAAUUGAAGAAGAUGUGAACGGUGGCGAUGAGUAUAUUGAUGUUCCUUGGUUAACCAACAAUGAGGAUGAGGAGUGGCAAGCAGCAAGGACUCAAUACAAGGAUAGUGUUAAGUUAUAUGGAGAUGAUGCUGAUAUAGAUAGGGCUUUAUUUGAUCCAACUGAAGCAUUUGUUGAUGAUGGCCUCAGUGACUCAAUUGAUUCUAAUGAUGAGGUCAGUUUUGUUCCAACUAGUGAUGAUAGUGAGGCAGAGGAAGCAAGAAGAAGGCAAUCACUGCACAAGGUGUUUGAUGACUCCACUGUCAAUCUAGAGUUUGAAGUAGGAAUGAUUUUUUUGAGUAGGAAGCAGUUUAAAGAUGUUGUUCUAGCACACUCUAUUGAUGUGAAAAUGGAAACAAUCUUGAAGAAGAAUGAUAAAAAAAGAGUUAGGGCUGUAUGUGCAGAUAACAGAUGCAAUUGGGCUUUGUUACUGUCCAUUGAUGCCAGACACUUCAUUAAGAUAAGGGGCAUUUUAGCUACUACACUUUCCCAAAUCAAUGUCCAAGAAGCAAUUCAUGAGGAACUCUAUCUUGAGAUCACAAUAAGUCAAGCUACAAGGACAAAACUAAUUAUUGUUAGAGAGUUUCAAGGCAACUGUGAGCAAGAAUAUAAGAAUUUAUUUGAUUACAGAUUAGAGCUACUGAAGAAGAAUCCCACUUCUACAUUUGAGAUUGAUGCAAGGAAGCCUACACCAGAUUCUAAACUUGUUUUUUUAGGCUUUUAUGUCUGCUUUGCUACACUGAGAGAAGGGUUCAUAGCUGGUUGUAGACCAAUACUUGGUCUAGAUGGUGCAUUUUUAAAAGGUCCUUGCAAGGGUCAAUUACUAUUUGCAGUUGGAAGGGAUGCAAAUAAUCAAAUGUAUCCAAUUGCUUGGGCCAUUGUGGAGGGUGAAAGCACAAGCAUAUGGACAUGGUUCUUGGAGUUUUUGAAUCAUGAUCUAAAAAUUGGUGAUGGAGAAUAUUAUACUUUUGUAUCGGAUCAACAAAAGAAUUUGUUCCCAAAAGCACGUCGUAGAAGAUGUGCUCGGUAUAUUUAUGCAAAUUUUAGAAAGGAACACAAGGGUAAGGCAUUGCAAAGAUGGUUUUGGAUCACUACCAAGUCAACAAAUGAAGCUGAAUUUAAGAGGAAUCUCGAGGGGCUCAAUAAAUUGAAGCUUACAGCUAAAGAUUAUGUGAUGAAGCUGGACCCAAACUUCUGGUGCAAGGCAUUUUUUGAUACCUAUGCAAGAUGUGAUGUAAUUGAUAAUAACAUGACUGAAGCUUUCAAUGGUUUCAUUCUAGAUGCAAGGCAUAAGGGUCCUCUCUCAUUGCUAGAGGAUCUUAGAAGAAAGUGCAGCAAAAGGAACAUUGAAAAGUUGGAGUUUGUUGAGAAAAAAUUCAAAGGGAUGCCUGAAGUUGAUCCUCCAAUUCCAAAAAACACAUCGGGAAGGCCUAAGAAGAAGAGGCAUUUAGAAGAAUGGGAAAACACUAGUGGAUCAACCUUGAGUAGAAAGGGAAGGGUUGAAGAUUCUUCAAUAAAUGCUCAAAAUCAGGUUCCAUUAGAUGUCCAACCAGCUGUUAAUGUUCAACCAAAUUUUAAUGUUUAAGCACUUCUUAGUGUUCAACAAGUUUUUGAUGUCCAAGUUCCUAUUAUUGUUGAAUCACAUUCUGAUAUUCAA